GGUGAUCCCUCUCGUUAGCACACCACACCGGCCUUGUGAGAAGCUGACGGCGGCGCGUGGGGACUUUGUGGUCUUUAGUUUAUCUUAAAUAAAAUCCAGCUGCAAUGUUCCGGUGUAAAACGGUGUGGAAUACACUGGCCCCGGUGGCGCGAGCCUCCUCAACACUGUGUCGGCAAACCGGGAAGAGAGCGCGUGAGUUGCUGAGGAAUGACAGGAGGCCGGCGUUCGGACCGCAGACCCACAUGUCGUCCGGUCCAUCGGGAGGAGCCGGGGACAAUGCCAUAUACUACGUGCUGGUGGGAGCGGCAUGUCUGGGAGGUGGAGCCUAUGUUUACCGCACCCUUUCGGCAGACAGCGCGAGGUUCUCCGAGCGAAUCACAGAAAUCGAGGGCCGGUCGCAGAAAACGGCAGAACGUCCCGCUCCUGCUGUAACGACAGAACCGGAGGUCACGGGAGAAGCAGUGACAGAACCAACAAAAGAACUCGUGGCUGAGGACGUCUCGGAACCCGUACACGAGUCUCCAGUUGGCGAGCUUCCACAAGAACCGACGGCAGAUGAAGCUGACCCGGGAGCCCUUGUGUCCGAGCCGUCUGUAACAGAACCUGCUUCUGAAAAUUUCCCAGAAGACUCUACUCCAGAACCAUCUGUAACUGAAACUGUCCCAGAAGCCCUUGUUUCUGAAUCUGGGGAACGAACUGGGGAAGAAGCGACUCUUGAAGCUCCUGUAACUGAAGCCAGUGUCGAUGAAGAACCUCCAGCUCCUGUUGUUGAGAGCGAGCCUGUGCCUGAAGUGGCGGCAGAAAGCGUUCCUGAGACUCCACCAGUAACCCAGAGUGAAUCUGAACCCGCUACCGCCGUACCUGCCCUCCCUGAGGUACCAGCACACGCCCCUUAUCUCCUGAUUGGUGGAGGAACGGCAUCCUUUGCAGCAGCGAGGUCUAUUCGUGCCCGUGACCCUGGUGCUCGGGUUUUGAUUGUGACUGAAGAAGCUGACCUGCCGUACAUGAGGCCUCCCUUGUCCAAAGAGCUGUGGUUCUCUGAUGACCCCGCCGUCACGGAAACGCUGCGCUUCAAACAGUGGAACGGCAAAGAGAGGAGCAUUUAUUUCCAACCUCCUUCUUUCUACGUGAAACCCAGUGAGCUGGAAAUAGUGGAAAAUGGGGGCGUGUCUGUGCUGACAGGCAGGAAGGUGGUGCACAUGGACGUCAGGGAGAAUAAAGUUAGACUGAGUGACGGUACUGAGAUCUCCUAUGACAAGUGUCUGAUUGCUACAGGUGGGGUUCCCAGGAACCUGCAGGUAAUUGAGCGUGCCAGCGAAGAGGUGAAGAACAGGACGACGCUUUUUAGGAAGAUCGAGGAUUUUAAAGCGCUGGAAAAAGUUUCCCGAGAGCUGAAGUCCAUCGCCAUCAUCGGGGGCGGGUUCCUGGGCAGCGAGCUGGCCUGCGCCUUGGGCCGGAGAUCACACGAUCUGGGCCUGGAGGUGAUCCAGCUGUUCCCGGAGAAAGGGAACAUGGGUAAAGUUCUACCGGAGUACCUGAGCAACUGGACCACCGAGAAAGUGAAAAGAGAGGGCGUCCAGGUGCUGACGGAGGCCGUUGUUAAGAACGUGUCCUAUAAGGACGGAAAAGUGGAGAUAAAACUGAAAGACGGGCGACUGGUGAAGACGGAUCACAUCGUGGCAGCCGUGGGUUUGGAGCCCAGCAUCGAGCUGGCGAAAUCGGCCGGCCUGGAGAUCGACUCGGACUUCGGAGGGUAUCGGGUGAACGCUGAGCUGCAGGCGCGCUCCAACAUCUGGGUGGCAGGUGAUGCUGCAUGUUUCUAUGACAUCAAGCUGGGUCGGAGGCGGGUGGAGCAUCAUGAUCACGCCGUGGUGAGCGGCAGACUCGCCGGAGAAAACAUGACCGGGGCCAAUAAGCCCUACUGGCACCAGUCCAUGUUCUGGAGUGACCUGGGCCCUGACGUAGGGUACGAAGCCAUCGGUAUUGUAGACAGCAGUCUCCCAACUGUAGGAGUGUUUGCAAAAGCUACUGCCAAGGACACACCCAAAGCAGCUACCGAGCAAUCAGGUACAGGAAUCAGGUCAGAGAGUGAGACAGAGGCGGUUGCUGGAGAGCUUUCUACAGCUACAGCAGCUCUUGCCCCGCCCACACAGCAGGAGAAUUAUGGGAAAGGAGUGAUCUUCUACCUGAGAGACAAGGUGGUGGUCGGCAUCGUGCUGUGGAACGUCUUUAACAGGAUGCCCAUCGCCCGGAAGAUCAUUAAAGACGGAGAGGAGCACGCUGAUCUGAACGAGGUGGCCAAGCUGUUCAAUAUUCAUGAAGACUAAACAUGCACAGGCUGUGCUUGUGGAGCCUGGGAAAACAUUUCUGCACAGAAUUCUCACACACACACACACACACACACACACACACACACACACACACACACACACACACACACACACACACACACACUUUGGCUGUGAACUCUGUCGGACCUGCGGUUCUGCCUCCAGCCCUGUUGGUGGCGCUGUGACUGCGGCUCGCUAAUGGACUCAGAUCAGUACUGUUCAGUCUCCUCUGAGGAGCACCUGUCGUUUAUACGGGAACGUUGUAUACGUGUUUUCUAGUGAGGUCAGUAAAUGUAUAUUUGCGAAACGCUUGCGCCGUCCACUCUUUCCUGGAGUCUCGACUUCGUUCCGCUGCAUGAGGUGUUGCUCCGGUACCGCUUUAAUGCACCGUUAUGUUCCUUUCAUGUUAACUACACUAUAGAUGUGUGGUCAUUUAUAACACAACGUUGUUUGUUUUUUUUUCCUUUUACAUCUGAGCCGAUUCGCACAAAGAACUAAUAAAGGAAUUAAAGGAACGCCCCUUCACAAGGGGAGGUGGUCAAGGGUGUGUUAAGCAGUAUUGGAACUCGGGGGCCAAGCACCUCACCUCAUACACAUCUCAUUGGAUAAACUUGAGCUGUUGCAGUGAUUCUGAUCGGGGUUUUAAUACCGUGAGGACAAAGCUGCACACACUCGUCUCAUCUCUCCUGUAUCAUGUGGCACGGUUUGUUCUUCCGAGACUUGAUUAAAGCAAAUUAUUUUUGAACUUG